AAUUGAUCUUCUGUCUUGUGAUUACCUUAGCCCAAUGCAUGCGCCCGAUGAGCAGAUAGAUGUCAACCAUACUCGAGUGGGAAUCGCCUGCACAAGAAAUUGAAUCGGCACGGGCUUUCCGAGCUAUUAGUACGCAUAACUAAGACUAACGGCAAAAAUUGCAACUCAGAAGAAAUGUCGUCACUGAGAACAGAUCGUCAGAUGAAUGCAGUACUUCACUCGAGAUCCACAAGGGGCCUGCCUAUAAACCAGUCGUAUAAAUAUACUCUUCAAGACCAAAAUAACUCGUUUGCAUUAAUCGUAUAAACAGCAUCCAGAUCACUUUAGAUUUUUUUCAUUUGUGUUGCUAGGCAUCCUCUAUUGUCCGAACACUAAGUAUAGUAAUAUUUUCGAGCCUUGUCCUGAAUUUUCGUGUCCAUUUUUUCUUUCUUUCUUCAGCCCACUUCAUCGACAAUUCUUUUUUUUUUCUUAGUUCAGCUCCAGCGUACUUCCCAGUUGCCUGCAAGCCACAGCAACCCACGGACACUGCCGGGCUCUUGUCAGAACCCCCGGUAUCCACUGGUCGUCGCGCUUAUCCACACUCCACCUGUCGAAGCUUGGGAAAAAGGACACAGUUGUUUUAUCUAAGCUUCUAGCCCCCGUGAAGGUUAAGGAGCUCCCCUCUAUUGUAAAAAAAAGCCUCUAUCCCCAAUCUAGCUCUUUCUCAAGAAGUCGUUUUAGUCUUUUAUCAUUCUCUAUUCCCAUUGCUCUACUUUAUUUUUGUUCAUUUCUACAGACAAAACAACACCACGUUGAGGUUUAUUUUUUUCUCACAUUUACUGAUCAGACUCGACCGUCUUUUUCGAUUACAACAGGAACUCGGCCCACAGAUAGCCUUGCCGUUGUAUUCCCCAUAAGUUUGCCCACGCACACUAGCGAAGGGUACGGCUCGAAUCCGCGUCACACCAGAAGCGCUCGACCACCUUGUAAUUUUUUUGUGCGCUUGGCCGGCAACAAAGGACAAGCCAUAACAAACCUCCGGAUCUCUACAACAACCCGCUUGCACAAACUCCCGCCAGAGCUAGCAAUAAUGGCGCAACGAGGACCUUCGGGCUACGGCAUACCGAAUGCCCCCAACCCUUUCGGAGGCCCAUCAUCACAGCCUGACAGCCAAGGCAGCGCCCUGGAUGCCAUCAGGGAGCAAACGAGCAAGAUCGAGGACAUGUUGGACUCGAUCUCGGAGCCCGUCAAGCCAUACCUUCCAGCCAUCGGCCGCUUUCUUAUCGUGGUUACCUUCCUUGAGGACGCCCUGCGGAUAAUGACGCAAUGGAAUGACCAAGUCUACUACCUUCGUGACUACCGUGGCUUCCCCAGGGGCUUCCCUCAGCUCUUCCUCGUCAUCAACGUUAUCGCCAUGACCAUCUGCUCGGGAAUGGUCAUCACCAGGAGAUUUUCAGAAUAUGCCGUCGGUGGUCUCAUCGCCGUGGUUGUCACCCAGGCCCUCGGCUACGGUCUCAUUUUCGAUCUCAACUUCUUCCUGCGCAACCUGUCGGUCAUGGGUGGCCUGAUCAUGGUCCUGUCGGAUUCCUGGGUGCGCAAGACCGUCAACUUUGCCGGACUGCCGCAGCUCGAGGAGAAGGACCGCAAGAUGUACUUCCAGCUUGCCGGCCGUGUUCUGCUCAUCUUCCUCUUCAUCGGCUUCGUGUUCGCUGGCGAGUGGAGCAUCUGGAGGGUCAUGGUCUCCAUCAUCGGCCUGAUUGCUUGCGUCAUGGUUGUUGUUGGAUUCAAGGCCAAGUUCAGCGCCACUCUCCUGGUCGUUAUCUUGAGUAUCUUCAACCUCUUUGUCAACAACUUCUGGACUCUUCACGAGCACCACCCCCACAAGGACUUUGCCAAGUACGACUUCUUCCAGAUCCUCUCGAUCGUUGGUGGUCUGCUUCUGCUCGUCAACAGCGGCCCUGGCCAGUUCAGUAUCGACGAGAAGAAGAAGGUAUACUAAAAGAAAUAAAAACGACGCAUCACGCUAUUGAGCCUGUCGGGAAGGUCGGGGGAGAGUUUUGUGGAGACCUGGUUCACCUCUAUUACUUUUCACGAACGCGGUUUCGCGGCGGCGCAGGUCUCCUGCGGCGAUGGGGCAGUGUUUCCCCUGACUGGAUAUUUGCAGCAGGCGUUUGAUUUUUGUUCUUUUUCCAAGGGGGCUCUACCUUUGAACAGGGCUCAUUUUGGGGGUUAGGGGGGUUUUUUCAAAAAGAAAGAAAGAAGAUUCAAGCAGCACGGACGCCAGAUCACAUGGCUGUGGUCUGAAGAGCACGAUUUGGGCUUUGACGUUGGCAAACCGGCAGGGGAAGAAUUUUAGCCCCAAACGAUACUCUACUCUUCAGCUUUGACGUUGCAGACUUGUGUAUAAAAAUUCAAUUAAACAAAGAUGUUACGAUUCUGUUUUAAGA